AUGUGGAAGAUCUGGACCACUCUAUUCAGCGUGACCUACGCCUCACAAACUGUCCUGCGUGAGCCAUUAGCAUCCGAGUUCACGACCUUCCAAAGCCCGAAUUCACCUCACUCAGUACGCAUUCGACAGCAAAAUGAGUCAAUCUGUGCCACAGACUCAGCACAGUACACAGGCUGGCUGGAUAUUGGACACAAGCAUCUAUUCUUCUGGUACUUCGACAGCCAGAACGAUCCCGCCAACGAUCCCUUGACGCUAUGGACGAACGGUGGACCAGGCUCAUCCAGUAUGAUCGGACUAUUCCAAGAAAUCGGCCCUUGUUUGAUCAACGAGUACGGUAAUGGAACGGUUUCAAAUCCAUGGGCCUGGAACCAAAAUACAUCCCUGCUUUUUGUUGAGCAGCCGGUUGGUGUGGGUUUCUCAUACAUCGACGAGGGCUAUGAUGUUCCGCGCGAUUCGAAGGAAGCGGCUGUUGAUAUGCAUCGCUUCCUUCAGCUGUUCAUCACUGAGAUAUUCCCCGAUAAACAAUUCUCCGAUGUCCACCUUUCGGGCGAAUCCUACGCGGGCAAAUAUAUUCCCUAUCUGGGCGCUGAAAUCAUCACUCAGAAUGAACGAUAUCCGCAGGAGACCCAGAUCAAUCUGAAAUCAUGCCUCGUCGGCAAUGGUUAUAUGUCUCCCAAGGAUGUCGCUUUCGGAUACUGGGAAACUCUCUGCACGACCAACCCUGGUGUGGAGACACCUGUGUUCAAUAAGACUCGAUGUGAUAUCAUGGCGACUAAUAUGCCCCGGUGUAUGGAUGUUGCUGAGACCUGCAUUCGUAACCCUGAUACUGAUAUCUGCUACACUGCAAGCUCUAUCUGUAUGGACGGUGUGAUUUCCUGGUACGAUGGUGAGAGUGGGAAAGGAGGGCGCAACCGCUUUGAUAUCACGGCGGAGUGUGUGGUCGAUGACUUUUGUUAUAAACAGUCAGAGAACAUUCAGCAAUAUCUGAAUUCUGCCCCUGUCUGGAAUGCCCUCUCGCCCUCUGACGGCCUGAAGGAGUAUCAAAUGCAAUCAGACGCCAUCGCAAAGUCGUUCAAUACCACACCGGAGACAAUGACAUUGUCAUCUGAUGCUGUACUACUACUCCUUUCUCGGGGCGUCCAUUUCUUGGCAUAUCAAGGAAACUUUGAUCUUGCCUGUAAUACAGCUGGAGUUCUCCGAUGGGCCAAUGCGCUGUCUUGGAGAGGUCAGGUUGAGUUUUCGGCAAAGUCUCUCGAGCCUUGGACUUCGAAUGUGGAUGGUCGUGACCAAGUGGUCGGUAAGACUAAGGAGGUACAGGUGUACUUCGAUUCUCAUUCGAAAACUACAUCUCGGUUUGCUUUGGUGACGGUUGAUGCAGCGGGCCAUUUACUGCCUCAAGAUCGCCCAGAUGUCGCAUUUGAUAUACUCACGCGGUGGAUUGCAGGUGCUUCUUUCGUUGACUCCUAG